CUCUACGCUAACUUUCUGAUAUUUUUCCAUUUUCUAAUGCGCUCUGCUUUGUACCUUCGCAAAAAAAAGCAUUCAGCUUUUUCAGCUAUGGCUUAUGGUGCGUAGUUUAAGAAAGGCCAUAACUUGCCAGCGCAAGAUAGCAUCAACCAUCACUGAUAUGCUUGGUGUACUUUGUGCGCGCUCUAAGCCUUGGAUCCUCAACUCUCACUCCUUUUCUGUUGCUCAUUUUAAUCGCUGCUUGCAAGCUCCUUUACAUAUCGCUGAUUUCUCCAUCUCCAAUCGCCAGCGCCACCACUCUACUGCCCAUAGAAUUGGCGGUUCCAAUGGAGGUACCGCCUACAUAUGGCACCUGAUCCGGCCGUCAGGGUUUAAGAGGAAAAAUAGUAAUGUCAAGAGACUGUUGGCUGAACCGAGAGGCGAAGGAUCAUGGAAUGUUGCCUGGGAUGCAAGGCCGGCCAGAUGGCUACAUCGGCCUGACUCAGCUUGGUUGUUGUUUGGAGUUCGCGGAUGGCUUGCGCCAAUUGGAAUUGGGACGGACGUUAAUAACGAGAGCGUGGUGGUUGCUGAAGAUAACAGUAACGGUAGUGAUGAUACUAAUUCGAAUGGGAUUGAUUUCAAUCGUGACAGUUCUGCUAAUUUCAAGGUUACAGGAGUACUGGCUGAUGGGAGAUGUCUAUUUAGAGCAAUAGCUCACGGGGCAUGUUUGAGAAGUGGAGAAGAAGCCCCUGAUGAAAAUCGCCAGAGAGAACUUGCUGAUGAACUAAGAGCUCAAGUGGUAGAUGAGCUUUUAAAGAGGCGGGAAGAAUCCGAAUGGUUUAUAGAAGGCGAUUUUGAUGCAUAUGUCGAGAGAAUCCAACAACCUUAUGCAUGGGGUGGAGAACCUGAGCUGUUGAUGGCUUCUCAUGUUUUGAAGACUAUGGUAUCAGUCUUCAUGAUCGAUAGGACAUCAGGUAAUUUGGUAAACAUAGCAAAUUACGGUGAAGAGUAUCGGAAAGACCAAGUGAAUCCCAUUAACGUGCUGUUUCAUGGAUAUGGUCAUUACGACAUAUUGGAGACCUCAGAACAAAAUUAUCAGAAACUGAACAUCUAGAAAUUGGGUGUGGUUCAUAGAAUAAUUUCACCCCUGUUGAUCAGUCAAAAUAAUGCUACAGGGAGUUUCAGUUUUUUUCAUGCUGUUAGAUUUUCAGCUAAACUAGAUUCUAUCACAAGUUACAAAGGAGUUGGUGCAGCAACUCUCAAGCAAAUAGGCUUUGCUAAAGUUUUGUAGGUUUCAGGAUUUCUUUUACAAGUUUUAAAUUCAGCCUAUACAUCAAGUUAGUAAAUUUAUAUCUUGGUGUUUUAAAUUUCUUUCCUUUACAAUGAGCUAAAGUUCUUUCUAUAUUGUUUUUUUUCCCAAUCAAUAAUUUUUUCCGAUGCCUGUCUUAUCAAAA